ACGACUCUGGUCAUCGAGUCACUUCUGCGCAUGCGCAACUUUCCAGGAAGUCCCGGCAGCCUAACCAGAUGAUAGAUCAACAACCUGAAGAAACCUGGUUCGACGAUAGAGCAGACGGAGACGGCCGGAGCGCACAGGAACUAUCCCAGGACCAGAGGCUGCACAAAGACUCCAGAAGUGAUCAGACUCAAUAAGUGUUUGGUUUUUCUGUGUUUACUGAGGCUGUAUAGGAGGACCCCUUCCCACCCCACAUCCCCACCGCUCCUCCUCCGCCAUGACCACCCGUGGGAACGCGAGGACCAACGGGAACCUGCCGCAGACCAAGAUCUGCCAGUUCAAGCUGGUGCUGCUGGGAGACAUGGCAGUGGGCAAGUCCAGCCUGGUCCUGCGCUUUGUCAAGGGCCAGUUUGAUGAGUUCCAGGAAACCACCAUUGGAGCUGCUUUCUUGGCCCAGUCUGUUUGCCUGGACGAUACCACGGUGAAGUUUGAGAUUUGGGACACAGCCGGACAGGAACGCUACCACAGCCUGGCACCUAUGUACUACCGUGGAGCCCAAGCAGCUAUCGUAGUGUUCGAUAUAACGAAACCGGAGACAUUCGAGCGAGCGAAGGCCUGGGUGAAGGAGCUCCAGAGGCAGGCCAGUCCCAACAUCGUCAUCGCGCUGGCAGGGAACAAGUCGGACCUCGCUGACAAGAGACUGGUGGAGUAUGAGGAGGCUCAGACGUACGCUGAAGACACAGGAUUGUUGUUCAUGGAGACUUCAGCCAAGACUGCUAUGAACGUGAACGAGUUAUUCCUGGCCAUUGCGAAGAAGAUGCCGAAAACGGACACUCAGAACCCGACGCACGCUGCCCGACACAGGGGGGUCAACCUGCAGGACCCGGAUGCCCAGUCCAGCCGAAGCUGCUGUGGGAACUAAACAUCUCUCUGUCCACCAUCUACAUCAAGAAGGGAGACCACCGACGCCCUUACCCCUCGUUCCCCAUCCUCCACCCUUUCACCUCCAAGACUGACACGGAGAGAGAGAGAGAGAAAGAAAGAAAGAG